UCUCUCUGGACAUAGUUGUGUACAGGUUUUGUCUUCACCUAGUAUUUAGUCUCCCACACACACACGGUCGGGUUAUUUUUCUAUUUAAUUGCUAUGCUAUUCUUUUGCACUUUCACUCUAAUUAUAUCUAAACUGGCUCACUGAACUAUUCAUACACAAAAUAGAGAGAAAUUGGCAAAUGGAAAAUUGGCAGCAGUCAGACCGUCCUUAUAUAGCAGUGCUGGAGAGUGUUCCUGCACUGUGCCUUUGACUUCGAGAUGGACAAUAUUAUUCUUAAUCCGGUCCGGCCUGAUCACACAGCCAUGCUGGAUGAAGCACAGUUGGAUAUACUGGGUCAGCGGUUGGGAAAGAAGUCCCGGUCGGUUUGGGAGAGGGUGAAGGCGGAAUGCUGGUGUUCUGGUUCCAGGCUGAAGAGCUGUAUGUUGUCAUCUGUUCCUGUCCUCUCCUGGCUGCCCCGCUACUCCCUCAGAGACAACGCCAUCGGAGACCUGAUUUCGGGCGUCAGUGUGGGUAUCAUGCACCUACCCGGAGGCCUGUCUAAUGCGUUGCUGGCCGGGGUGCCGCCUGUGUUUGGUCUCUACACUUCUUUCUAUCCGUCGGUCAUCUACUUCCUCUUUGGGACGUCCAGACACCUCUCAGUGGGUACUUUCGCCAUUCUCUCUAUCAUGAUUGGCACUGUGACGGGCAACGUGGAGUUGCUUAGCAACGGUGUCGAGGAGCGGGAGGGCGAUGGAGGGAUGGCUCGAGUGUGUGUGGCAGUACAACUUACCUUCCUUUGUGGCCUUAUACAGAUAGUGUUGUUCUUGAUGAGAGGAGGGGAUAUGUGUCACUGGCUGUCUCAGCCCCUGGUGAGCGGCUAUACCACGGCGGCAGCACUUCAUAUCACCAUCUACCAGCUGCCUCUACUCUUUGGCAUCCCAACCAACAGACACAGCGGUUUCCUGGCUGUAGGCUGGACGCUGGUUGAUGUGCUGUCUAGAGUGACUAACGCAACGCCUGGGACGCUGGUUGUCUCCGCCGUCUCCAUGGUGAUCCUGGUGGGAGGCAAGAUGCUGAAUAGACUCUUCAAGACCAAGCUACCCAUGCCCAUUCCAUGGGAGCUAGUUCUGAUAACGCUGGCCACCUUCCUGUCAGUGCAGUUGGACUUGUCAGGACAACAUGGUGUCCAGGUAGUAGGACACAUACCCACUGGCUUGUCUCCGCCAGCCCUCCCCUCUCUAGCCCAGGCCAAACAGCUGUUUGGUCCUGCUCUGUCCCUGGCUGUGGUGGGCUUUGGCUUUACCUCCUCCAUGGGCAGAAUGUUUGCACACAGACAUGAUUACGCCAUAGACAGCAACCAGGACCUGUUGGCGAUAGGACUCUGCAACACAAUUGGAGGGAUGUUCCACUGUUUUGCCGUCAGCUGCUCGUUGUCACGCAGUACGGUCCAAGAAAGUAUUGGGGUGAAAACUCAGGCGGCUGGGCUUCUCUCUGCUCUGAUGAUGCUCACCAUCUUGCUGAAGAUUGGACAUCUCUUUGAGCAACUGCCAAUAGCAGUGUUAGCAGUGGUCAUUGUGGUAAAUCUGCAAGGGAUUCUGGGUCAGUUUCAGGAAGUCCCAGUGCUCUGGGCAUCUGACCGUUUGGACCUGCUGGUGUGGGUGUUCACCCUGAUCUUCACCCUGAUUUUCAACCUGGAUCUUGGCCUGGCUGCUGCUCUGGCCCUCUCUAUGAUCACUGUCGUCUACAGGACUCAACUCUCCCACAAUGCAGUGCUGGGUCAUAUUCCUGGGACGGACUGCUACAGGGACCUACGUCUCUAUGCUGAGGCCAGGCCGGUUCCUGGAGUUACUGUAUUCUCCUGCUCCAACCCGCUGUACUUUGCAAAUGCUGAGCUGUUCUUCAGCUCUCUCAGAAAGUCUGUGCAGCGUGUCCAACUGGAGAAUGCAGCCCUCAUUGAGAACCAGCCCUUACCUCAAAUGCAAGGCGCAAGGCACUGUCUGGUGCUCGAGUUUAGCUCAGUCAUCUUCAUGGACUCUAUGUCAAUCAAAGCACUAUGUAAGGUUGUGGAGGAAAUGGAGGAGCAGGGGGUCAGUGUGUUUCUGGCUGCUUGCCCAGACAGGCUGGUGAUCAAGCUGCAGGCCCAGGGCUUCAUCCCAAACACUCUGUCCAGGUCCUGCCUCUUCCCGUCAGUGCACCACGCUGUCCAACACUGCCAGAUAUCGCCUCCCAUGGCUGUGAAUAUGUUCCCUUUUUCUAUAUGCUUUGCUACUGGCAUUGCUACCUUGUGUCCUACGUCUACCAAUGUGUCUGUUAGAAUUAGUCUGUCUGCUUUGUGAUUGUUUUCUACCUCUGCAUUGAUGUUGUUCUUCUGCUCCUGUAGGACCAUAACACAGAGCUGAGUGAGUGUUGAUGUGCAGCCCACAUGGAGUGGAUGGGAAAAUGUCACUGUGGAAUUCCUGCCUCAAUCAGAAUACGCAGUAGACUGAACUCCCAGCUCAAGCUGGCGUCGGCGAUAGGACGAUGAAAAUGCUUUCCUUUUGAGCUCCUUCGCUAAUGCUGUGGUUCAACGUCUUCUUUUGAGCUAUGAAAAGACAGCAGAUGGAUUGGAGCCAGCCGGAGUCCGUCUGCCUGUCUGUCUGUCUGUCUGUCUGUCUGUCUGUCUGUCUGUCUGUCUGUCUGCCUGUCUGUCUUCCUAUCUCUAAAACAUGUCCAGGUCCAACCACCCCCUGCGCCAUGAUUAGGGGUGUCUGUGGGGGUUUAAUGGUUGGGCGUCGCUCCUGCACCUCCUCCAAUGAGAUCAGACACUCAUGGGAAGUGGGUGAGCUCGGCUGAUGUCAAUCAAAUCAAAUUGUAUUAGUCACAUGCGCCAAAUACAACAGCUGUAGACCUUACAGUGAAAUGUUUACUUACGAGCCUCUAACCAACAGCGCAGUUUAAAAAAAUACGAGAUAGAAGCAACAAGUAAUUAAAGAGCAGCAGAAAAAAAAAUAUACAUAUAUAUAUACAGGGGUGGGGGGGGGGUGCCGGUACAGAGUCAAUGUGUGGGGGCACCGGUUAGUUGAGGUAGUAUGUGCAUGCAGGUAGAGUUAAUUAAAGUGACUAUGUAUAGAUAGUCUUAUGGCUUGGGGGUAGAAGCUGUUUAGAAGCCUCUUGGACCUAGACUUGCCGCUCCUGUACUUGCCAUGUGGCAGCAGAGAGAACACCCAGACAGAAUUGACUGUCAUUCGUUGUUUGUAUCAUCAUUUCAAUUUCCAUUGCAGGCCAACUGUACUACUGGUAUUGCCUGGGUGGGUUUGUGCUACACAGAAAUAAAUAAGGACCGAACUGA